CCUGGGACGACAGCAGGAGCAGGCUGCAGCCUCCCGGAGGGCCGAGCCACCACCCUCUUGCUCCAGGGUCCCAGAGCCCCUUCAAAAGAAGGUAGAACCCUCCAGCUUGGUGGAGGUCCCCCUCAGCAAGGCCCUAGAGAACAAUGGCAUGGCCCCACCCAGCUCUGCCCCCAACCACGCUGAGCAGAAGGAACUGCCCCCAGUGUGUGAGGUCAUCACCAGCUGCCCUGACCGAUCAGACAUCAUUCUGAGCUACAACGGUGCCAUGUUGGAACCCAUCAAGCCCACCACACCCCCUGAGGGCAAAGAGGCACCCAGCACGGACUUCAGCUAUGUGGGCUUUGACGCCGUCCUGGAGCAGAUGAAGCGAAAGGCCAUGAAGCAGGGCUUCGAGCUCAACAUCAUGGUAGUUGGACAGAGUGGUCUUGGCAAAUCCACUCUAAUGAACACCCUCUUCAAGUCCAAGGUGAGCCGCAGGUCAGUGCUGAGCUCCACAGAGGAAAGGAUCCCCAAGACCGUUGAGAUCAAAUCCAUCAGCCACGACAUUGAGGAGAAAGGUGUGAGGAUGAAGCUAAGUGUCAUUGAUACUCCAGGCUUUGGGGAUCAGAUCAACAAUGAACACUGUUGGCAACCCAUCAUGAAGUUCAUUAAUGAGCAGUAUGAGCAGUACCUGCAGGAAGAGAUCAGCAUCAACAGGAAGAAGAGGAUCCCAGACUCGCGUGUUCACUGCUGCAUAUACUUCAUCCCUCCCACAGGACACUGCCUGAGGCCAUUGGACGUGGAGUUCAUGAGGCGUCUCAGUAAAGUUGUAAACAUCAUCCCUGUCAUUGCUAAGGCGGACACCCUCACACUGGAGGAGAGGGACUUCUUCAAAAAGAAGAUCGGAGAAGAGCUGGGGGCCAAUGGCAUUGAUGUGUAUCCUCAGAAGGAGUUUGACGAGGAUGCAGAGGACAGAAUGAUCAAUGAGAAGAUCCGGGAGAUAAUCCCCUUUGCUGUGGUGGGGAGUGACCAGGAGUACCAGGUGAACGGGAGGAGGAUUUUGGGAAGGAAGACAAAGUGGGGCACCAUUGAAGUUGAGAACAUUGGCCACUGUGAGUUUGCCUAUUUGCGGGACUUGCUCAUCCGAACCCACAUGCAGAACAUAAAGGACAUCACCAGCAGCAUCCACUACGAGGCAUACAGAGCCCGCCGCCUCAAUGAGGGAAACGUGCAGGCCAAUGGCAUCGCCAAGCAUGAUGUCACCUCUCAUGAGAUGUAGACUAUCGCUGCUGUCCCCCUGUGAACCCUACCCCCCCCCAGCCAACCCUACUUGUGAGGAUUAAACCAUGUGGUCAACAAAGUGACCAA